UUUGAUUAUCCCUCAGACAGUCGACUCCACGUGCCCGUGCUCAUCACCAAUGCUCAUGCUCGCUGUUGAUUGACAGACAGCCGAGCCGUCGCUCCCUCCUUUUUCCACCCAUUCUCUAUUAAAAGUAGGCCAGCUGCAAAUCCCUGACAGAUGAGUUUGUCUGUGUUUUUAUCUUUCACGCAACAGCUUUAGCUGACCGAUGCCCUGGAAUCUGUUGAUCUGCAAGUGUUAGCAUGUGAGAGAGUCCUUAACUCAACUGCUUGUCUUUCUCUCUCCCUCAUCAUUUCUCUCUCGGAUUUGAGAAACAACCCUAUCCUGUGAGCCUUCUCUCGAAUCUCCGCUCGGUCUCAAGAGACUCUUUUCCUUCCUUCUCAUCCGUUUGCCAUAGAGAUCUUUUUCUUUAUUGGUUCUGAUUUUUUUCAGUGAAAAGGAUGAGAAAGUUUCCAGAGAGCAGCUGGUUGAAAUUCGGUCCUGCUGGGAGAGGAUCUUAUGACUGGAUGUCAGGAGCUUCAUUACCACCUCCUGAGGAAAAGCAGCUGCAGGGUUACCACUGGAACGAGCUCUUAACCGACCAGGAUGCGAAGACUGAGAUCGUCUUGUACGUUAUCCUCCCACUGGUGUUGCUUUUCAUCUUCUGCCUCACAGCCUUCCUGAUCUACCAGAGAUGCUCACGCAGCAAGCUCAGUUUGGCCAACAUCAUUGCGCUGGAUCUUCAAGAUACAGACAGCAGUGCUGAGAUUCUGGCUUCACUCACAGCCAAUGCCGAGCGUCUGAACAGCACCAGCUCCGACACGUCCGAUGGCGUUUUUCUCAUGGUCUACCUUCCACCUCCCUACGAGGAAACCCUGACAAAGAUAACCCGCGCUGCCAGUCUCACCAGCGGCAAAGAUGUGGAGUGCAUAAAGAUGGAAGACCUUGAAGCCAAACUUUGUCCAGAACUCAAAUCCAGAGGGCAUUACGUGUAACUGAGAGUCACAAAUAUGUGGAACAAUUUUCAGUAGUCUGGAGGUGAUGGUACACUUAUUGAGACUUUUAUCCUAGAGGACAAUUCUGUAUCGUCACCAUCAUAUAAUGUUUCCCUUUCACCCUACUAAUGGAGCAGGCAGUAAAUGCUCAUAUUAGGGCUUUUCACAUCGCUCUUUACCCUGGGUUACUGUCGUAAAAUAAAAACCCUGAAUUUAUCCACGGGUAAAAUGAACGUUUAAAUGUAAUUAAGGAUCAGAUGGCUUUAACAGUGUUAACUUCAUGUCACGUGUACAGUGUGAAAUGAUUUGCUAUUAGAAUGUCACUACUAGUCACGUAGCAAAAGACACCCAAUCAGAAAUGGAACAGCGCAUGAAAAAACCCAUAUAAGGUGAAAACCAGAAUGAUGGAGUAGAUGGUAGAUGGAGUCAGGCGGCAAAACACCGAUCAUCAGCCGUAGAGAGGGGGAAAUACAUUGUGCCGAAACAUUAGCAGAAGUCGAAUAUUAACGAACAAACUGCUGAUCAACAAACUUAUAAAUACAAAAAAGAUGAUGAAAUUGUGAAAGAUAACAGAAACUGCUCUGGUGCAGAACCACAGACCUGAACGUUUUUCCCUCAGUAAUGUGAAAGCGUGAGACGAGAUGUUUUUUAACCCUUGUGUGUUGUUCGUAGUUUUGUUACUCAGCCAGUGAUCGUGGGUCUGUUUGACCCGCUGUAUUUUUGGGUUUUUAAUUCAACACAAUCAAAAAUUUUAUGUUAUAAAACUCUACAGAUGUUUACUUCAUCCCAAU